AUUUGCUCGCUCCUCGAUAAGACGCCUAACUAUGUCGUCGGUUCUGCAGCAAUCCCUUGGCGAAGACGAAGUCUUUGAGCUUGUCUGCGACUACCUCCGCACGCGCAAGUUCUACCAAGCUGAGCAAGCGCUGGUCCACGAACGCGAUCAAGCCGCGGCCCUGGAAACGCCGGCGCCCAAGAACCAGGUCGAGCCCGCCGCACCGUCCAAGCUCGAGAGCCUCCUCGAGCGAUCGUACGUCACGGGCUUCGCGUCGGGCGAGCUCCCGCCGUCGCCCAAGCCGGCCCACCGCACCAAUCUCGACGGCAACGACAUCUCGUCGGCGCAGCUCUCGGAGAGCGAAGACGAUGACGAGGCGGCCUAUGGCUUUAGCACCAAGCUCGUGGCCUUUGAGGCGUGCAAGGACGACCCGCACGGGUCGGCGACGAUGCCGAUCUACCAGACGUCGACGUUUGCGCAGAAAUCGGCCACCGAGUUUGGCGCAUACGACUACACGCGGUCCGGCAACCCGACGCGCGCGGCGCUCGAGCGGCAGAUGGCCGAGAUCGAGCAUGGCCACCGCGCGUUUGCCUUCACGUCCGGCAUGGCGGCGCUGGCGGCCAUCUCGCGUCUCGCCAAGGCCGGCGAUCACAUUGUGCUCUCGGACGACUCGUACGGCGGGACGUACCGCCUCCUCUCCAAGCUCACAGCGCGCAACGGCGUCCAUGUCAAGUACGUCGAUCUCUCGGGCCACGACGGCCCGGCCAACCUCCGCGCAGCCAUCAACACGGAGACAAAGCUCGUCAUGAUGGAGUCGCCGACCAACCCGAUGCAGCGCAUCUGCAACAUCCCCGCUUUGGCUACAGUCGCCCACAAGUUUGGGGCGCUUUUGAGUGUCGACAAUACGAUGAUGAGCCCGAUUCUGCAAAACCCGCUCGUGCUCGGCGCCGACAUUUGCAUGCACUCGGCCACCAAGUUUAUCUGCGGCCACUCGGACACGAUGUCGGGCAUUGUCAUUGCCAAGGACCCGGAGCUGUGUCGGGAGCUCUACUUUGUCCAGAACGCCGAGGGCACGGGCUUGGCGCCGAUGGACUGCUGGCUCCUGCUGCGCGGCAUCAAGACCAUGGGUCUCCGUGUGCUCACGGCGCAAGAGAACGCGAUGCGCGUUGCGGCUUUUCUGAGCAACCACCCGGCAGUCACCAAGGUCUUCUACGCGGGCCUCCCGACGGCCAACCACCGCGACAUCCACUAUGCGCAGGCGCGGGGCGCAGGCUCGGUCAUUACGUUUUGCACGGGCAACCUCGCUUUUAGCCAGCACGUGGUGAGCACGACCAAGCUCUUCAAGAUCACAGUCAGCUUUGGCAGCGUCAACUCGCUCAUCUCGCUGCCCGGUGUCAUGUCCCACGCCAGCAUCCCGGAGGAAGUCCGGAAAGCGCGGUCGUUCCCAGAAGACCUCGUGCGCCUCUCGAUUGGCAUUGAAGACGUCCAAGAUCUCAUCAACGACCUCCAGCGCGCGUUCCAGUCGUUCACGGCGCAGUAAUUAAUCCUCGUAUAGUAGACGCGUAGACCACGAGGAACCACUGAUUCGUGGCGCCUUUGGCUCGUUCCUGGACUUGACUGUCCGGCAACUGACCCAAGGGUGCAACCACACGCUCUGUGCCCUCUAAGAUCUACCCCAAUGUAUUUUUGUAUCGAUCCA